GUCACUUCUCUGGGAAGACAAUGGAUUUGUCAGUUGUCCUCGUGAUCUGUCUGGCUCUUAGCUUCCUCUGCGGGGUUUAUCUUUUUUCCCGAAGAAUUGGUAUCCCUGUUGGAAUCUUUGAAUCCUGCAAAUAUGCCCUGACUGCCUUCUCGGUAGAUAUGGGGUUUUGGGGGGGAUCUGUUCUGGAGACAUUAGGGAUAUGCAGCCAAAUCAAAUCUCUCAGAAUUUUACUACCAUUAGGAUCAUUCCAAACCGACUGGAAUCUCUACAUCAGGGAUGAACAUUUUGGUAACGUGCCUGUGAGAAUAUAUGAACCAAAACAUCCCUACACUGAGCCAAGAAGAUGUGUGAUCUACAUACAUGGAGGUGUUGGCAUGUUUGGGACCAUUAGAGCUUAUGCAGCUGUAUGCCGUCGAUUAGCCCUAAGAAGUGGGACAAUGGUUGUGAAUAUUGGGUUUCGUUUAGGUCCAGAGCACCCGCAUCCGGCACAGUGUGAUGAUUGCUUAUCAGCCGUAGAACAUUUUCUAAAAGAAGCAAGGAAUUAUGGAGUGGACCCCAACCGCAUUAUCCUUGCAGGGGAUAGUAGUGGCGCAACACUUGCUGCUGUUGUUUGCAAUAACCUGGUAUCUAGGAAACAUACCCCCAAAAUCCAAGCACAGUUGCUGAUUUAUCCAUUCCUCCAGUCAGUAGAUCUUACAUUGCCUUCAUAUCAGCAGAACCCCUAUGCUCCCAUCUUGUCUAGGGAACGGGGAAUCCGACUUGCUGCAAGGUUCAUGACUGAAGAGAUGGUAGAUUUCAAAGGAAUGAUGAAGAAUGCUCAUGUUCCUGACGAAGUGGCAGUGAAAUAUAGGAAAUGGAUUAGUGCUGAUCACAUUCCAGAUGAGUUUAAGGUCAGAGGCUAUGUGCCAACAGUCCCUGCUCCAUUUUCAGAAAAGCUUUACAAGAUAUCUGAAGUAUCUUUUCAGCCAGAUAAUUGUCCACUUUUAGCUGAAGAUGACAUUGUACAACAGCUCCCUGAGACUUUCCUUUUGACCUGUGAAUAUGACAUACUUCGAGAUGACGGACUAUUGUACAAGAAACGGCUAGAAGAUAACGGUGUGCCGGUGACUUGGCUUCACCUAAAGAAAGGAUUCCAUGGAAUUAUGUUCAAAAUUGAUUUGAUUUUAUUUCAGUACCAAGAGGCAGAACAUGCAAUGAAACACAUAGUGGACUUCAUACAAAGGUUCUAAAAUUAAACUGCCUUCAACUGGAAACACCUGUGCCCCAUUACUUUGCAUGAAAUUGCAUUUGAGUUGUUUUCUUUGAAAGAUUUAUGUAAAGUCAGGAUAA